GUCUCUUUCUCUCUUGCCUCUCAUGCUCCCGUGGCAGACGUAACGUUAUCAAAAAAAGGGCAGAGCGAGAUUUGGCCUUUACUUUUCAGGCCGCCAUCGUCGACGCGCAGUCCGGGAUAUUACACCGCGCAGUGCGAUAGGCUCGUAGUGUCUUGUCUUUUAAACCGAACUCAGUAUGUGAGAGAUCGAAAUUGAUUACUAAGACGUAGUGGACAGAGGUAUAUUAUCAUAGUAAGGUUAGUGAUACUUUAGUAUGAGACAGAUACUUAGUCAAGCUCGGACCAAAAGCGUAGUGUAGUGUUACACGCUCGUGUUUGUUGUCGUUCUGUUUGUAAACCCACACGAACACUGUUUUACAGUCGACGAACGUUUAAAUAGCUCUGUUGCGAGCGCUGACACGGAAACAAUUAGGAUUUGUUACAUAUUGGUAAACCAGUCAGGUCCUUGGAGCGAUCUGUACGAAUAAAAGAAGGCACUCUAUUCGUUUACUCUCCUGUCAAGUACGAAGGAUAUUGUCUAAAAGGCAAAGAAUAUACAAGUGUGCCUUGACCAGGCGCAAAUGACGCUAUUCUGUUGUUGCAAGCGUCUCGUGGCCUCUCAAACAAGCCCGACGCUUCAAACUCAGCCGGAUUUACCUUGAAUGGAGUAAGAUACGGAUGAAACCAAUUGCGAAUUACACAAUGCGUAAUAUGCCUAUGAACACUGCAAUGCACACGACCAACUUAACAAACCAAGACCAUCACACGCGCCAGACGCUAGACCGAUUGGAAUGUAUACAGAAGCAUUUGAAGAACCCAGACUCGUUCUCACGUACUGCGAGAGAGUUGUUGGAGUGGUGCUCGGACGCCAGAGCCUUUCAACGUCAGUUCCACCAGAGUUUGCUCGGCUGUCUGACGGUCGUUAGCGAAGUGGCGGGCAAGCCUGGUUUUGAGCCGGAACUCUGUUAUAAACUACUUGCGCUCUGCAAUGAUCAUCGCGACAAAUUUUCACCCAACGCAGCUUCUAUGUUAAGCAAAUGGUUACACGAAGUGAACAAGCGAACCAUACUUCAGCCGCACAUGGAACCCAUGAAAGUUAACAACAGCAUGUCCCCUGGCUCUGUACCCCUUGCCUCCCCAAUUACAGGCAUGAUGACCCAAAAACUUGGAUUCCCGCAACCUCACAUGGGUCAAAGGCCGCACGAGCCACCGCAGAACUGGAACUCACCCCAACCCCCAAUGCAACCGAAUCAUCACCCUUCUUUGUCUGUCAUAACCACGGUGUGGGGGGUGUCUACAACCCAGACGCCACCUGUCCCAGUAAGGAGUCAAUCCAAUGCCACAUCCUUCGCCCAGCAGCACAUGGGGCAUCCAGACCCGAUGCAGACAAACUAUAACUACCAGCAUGAUAAACCUGGCAUGGGUAACAUGUACCACAGCACGUCAUCCAUGUACGCGAAUGGCCAUCGUGGCAUGGGUCCUGGAAGAUAUGGCAACAACGGGUCACCUGGUCACCACAUCCAAGACCAGAGCCAUCAUCCUCCAGCUGCCGCCGCCGCCGCUGCCGCCAUCGCUGCUGCUGCCGCCGCCGCUACAGCGACCGCUACAGCUACAGCCACGUUCAUUAAAGAGCAUCAAGAACAACCCAGCGGCUACGACCCGAAUACAGGCGGUAUGAUGGAUCACCAUAUGCAUCCUAAUAUGAAUCACCCAUCCAACACACACCCUAUGAUGCAACAGCCCAACAGAUUUCGACCCCAAAUGCCACAUCAGUACAACAGGGGUCCAGGGUCUUAUCAAAUGGGCACGGGAAUGGGCCCAAUGCAGAACCAACGCCACCCCAGUGUUCGUAACUACAACAACGAACACAAUUUUAAAACAUCCUGUGGACCUCAACAGAAUUAUGGCCAAGUUCCGUUCAACGGAAGCCCCAACAUGCCGAAUCAUUACAACAAGCCCCCUGAACCCAUUCACGGGACACACCAGCACCCUGGUGGGUCAGUGGGCCCCCGGUACAGUCCCCGGUUACCCAACAACCACCCCAACAGCCAACAGAAACCUUACUUCCAAGGCCAGCAUGGUGACCCUAAUGGUUCGUACCCACAACGUCACGGCUACCCGUACCCAGCUGAUGGUCGAAACAUCAACUCCCACCAGCCAAACCCAAUUCCAGGGAACCCUACGCCCCCUUUAACCCCAGGCAGCGCCCAUAACGUGCCACCAUAUCCAAACACAGAGCCCGCUAUCCCAGCAGCAAUUUCUGAAGGAAAAUCAACACACGAUGAACUUCGUCUGACCUUCCCCGUUCGAGACGGCAUCGUCCUCGGUCCUUUUCGCCUUGGGCACAAUCUAGUGGUAAGCAGCCAUGCGUUUCAUCUGCGACCUAACGUAUACCGGACUCUCUUCGAAAGGCAUGACCUGGACCUACAGUUUAAGUGCUACCACCACGAAGACAUGCUUAAACACACGAACUGGCCGCAUUCAGUACAGGUGAGCGCUAAUCAUGUUCCGCUCACAAUACCACGCGGCCAGGACCGUUCAAGCCAUAAGCCCUUGUACCUGAAGAAGGUUUGCCAACCUGGAAGGAAUACAGUGGACAUCACAGUGUCAGCAUGUUGCUGUUCGCAUUUCUUCGUACUGCAACUGGUUCACCGUCCAAGUAUCAGAUUCGCGUUGAAAGGCCUUAUGCUCAAGCGAGUUCUUCCGGGUUACCACUGUAUAGAACAAAUCAAGCGAAACUUCGCGAACGGGGCUAUUAGCAACUCAAGCGGAACGGGGAUGAACUGCGACACAGGAGGGGAAAUGCCACCAAUAAAAGUAUCAUUGCGCUGCCCAAUCACGUACACAAGAAUUAAGAUUCCCGCACGAGGCAAAGACUGUAAGCACAUCCAGUGCUUCGAUCUUGAAUCAUACCUUCAAAUGAACAGCGAUAACGCUACUUGGAGAUGCCCGAUAUGCCACAAAAACGCACUGCUUGAGUAUUUGGAGGUGGAUCAGUACAUUCAAAAUAUUCUCAAAGCUGUCCAGGACCGUGAGUGCCAUCUUGUUUCCAUCGAUGCCAACUGUAAAUGGACACCACUGCCGGUCAGUACACCGCAUGAUGGCGCCAUGCGCGGAGGGCCAGACCCUGCCAUGAACGGGAUGGUAAAAACGGAAAACUUUGACCGAAUAAGCGUGAAACAGGAACCCAAUUCGAUGUCGGGACCUUUUAAUACGAAGACAGAGCCUCAAUUCAUAAGCGCUUUGAGCAUUAAGCAAGAGCCGCACCAUCACAGGAACGAAGUGCAUGUGAAGCAAGAACCCGACGGUCCACCAAAUAAACGUUUAAAAAGCGUCACAUCACCAGGUUUAACACUAAGUAACCUACCAGCUCCAAGUCCUGGAAGUUAUUCAUCCCAGCCUUGCCACAGGUUCAACUCGAACGAUUCUAACCAAGGUUAUUCCCAAGGGUACGACUUCAACCGUUGCGGUGUGGCUUCGAACCCAGCCCCAUGCCCUGGGUUCAUGCGUGGAGGGCCAGCCGUUCCCAUGGGCAACGAAAUAUCCGACAACAUUGCCAGAAACGAUAUGGUUCCUAUUGAAAAGCGAUUAAACCACGCAGCACUUUCUACGGGCAAUAACGGUUCUCCAAACCGUCGAGCACCAGGAAAUCCAAAGACUCCACAAGACCCAAACACCCCCAUUCGCCCCCCAAGUAGCAGCUCCUUAACCCCACAAUCCAACAACUGCCCUACCCCUUCCUCUGGUGCAUUCUCCGCUGCGCCAACGUGCGGAUCCAUUAAUCCACUCCAAACCCCAAACUUAAGCAGCAACCAACAGGAUAUGAACACCUGCAAGAACGAACCGGUUGAAACCUGUCUAAACCCGUUCCCGUCCCUAUUCGACGACGAUGGAGUGACGUCGGUGCCUAGCAUAAGUUUUGAUGGGGAAACGGUGGAUUUCAAAACUGAUGCAAUAACAGAUGAAACAAUCGGCUCUCUAGAUAUUCUGCCCGACAACUCUGAUCUCGACCAAAUCCUAAGCAUGCCCGACGAUCUGGUAGGAACAGACAACACAGACGAGCAAGAUAUUCUGCAUCUAUUCGACAAAACCUCGUGAGGACUAUUAUUUCUACUCAACAGCAGUUUAAUCAACGAAGGUGUUUUUAUACUUUCGAUAAAUAUAUAUACGUAUGUUGCUGGCACUGUUUUUGAAUAGCUGUCAAUGACCUCAUUUUAAAACCUACAAUUUCACGUAUGAACUGAAACCAAAUUCAUGGAUUUGCCUACGUUUUUUUUGGAACUAGCUUUUUAUUUAAUAAGCUACAUCUACGUAUAAGUUUCAAAUCUUUUUUUACGCAAAACCUUACGUUUGUUACUGAACUGUAGCUGCAUUAGCAAAAAAUGAACUUUUUUUACCAACAUUUCAUACUGAAUGCAAUAAGUUAGCAUUUGUGACAAAACGAUUUUGACUAAUGUUCAAUUUGCACACAACCGUUAUCAAAACGACCACGAAGUCAAAGAUUCCACAUUUUGUUGUUGUCAGUCGUAAGUUCAAUUUUGCCUGUUUUACGUUUUACUGUUUCCAUUUUAUUUGCGCACUAAAAAUGCGCGGACUUUUUACUUUGUUGUUUUACGCACUCCAACGCGAUUUUCAUUUUAAGCAAUACAACGACCCUGCUGCAGUGGCAAA